CCCAUUUUGGGACAGGGCACCGCUUACAAUAAAAAGAACGUAUAGGGUUGACCUGCGAUGACCCUUAUCCACCAGCUGAUGGAAGGCAACAACACAAACAGCGAUGAUCCGCACAGGGCCGUUCAUCCGGGGCUUUUCCUAACCCAAGAAGCCGAAAUGGAAGACCACAAGCCCGGUCACUGCGCCGUGGACUUUCCGGUGUCUGCGGUUCUUCCUGCCGGCGGCAGCGGAGAGAGAGUCGGACUGCAGACCCCAAAACAGUUCUGCACGUUAUUGGGCAGACCGCUAAUAAGCUACACUAUCCAGGCUUUUGAGAGGGUGUCAUGGAUCCAGAACAUUGUGGUUGUGGUUUCCAAGGAAAACAUGGACCUCAUGAUGGACAUCAUCCAGCGCUUCCAGCACAGGAAGAUUCGAGUUGUGCCUGGUGGCUCAACUCGUCACAGAUCGAUAGCUAAUGGAGUCCAAGCUCUGGUUGAGGGGGACGACAGGCUGGCAGCAGACAGACCAGAGGUGGUCAUCAUCCACGAUGCAGUCCGUCCUUUUGUGGAUGAGGACUUUCUCUACAAAAUAGCCAUGGCUGCCAAGAAACAAGGGGCAGCUGGAGCGAUCCGGCCACUUGUUUCCACGGUGAUAGCCAGGACGCUAGAAGGCUACCUGGAUCAAUCUCUGGAGCGAGCCAAGUACAGAGCCAGCGAGAUGCCUCAGGGUUUCACGUAUGAUGUCAUCAGUCAAGCCUAUCUGAGGUGCACUGAGUCAGACUUUGAGUUUGGCACAGAGUGUCUCCAUUUGGCUCUGCAAUACUGUGGCAUCAACGCCAAGCUCAUCGAGGGUCCGCCAACACUGUGGAAGGUAACCUACAAGCAGGAUUUGGCUGCUGCAGAAUCCAUUGUUAAAGAUGCAUUGUCGCGGUCAGCCUGCAUUAUCACAGGAGGAUCAACACGAGCUUCGGUGCUGGCUGAUGCCCUCCAGAAAGCCCUUGGAGCUCUAGACAUGAAGCUGGAUGUCAUCCCAGACCUACUCGGAGACAACGCCAGGUAUCUGUUAAAGGAGUGGAACUUCAUCCAGGUUUCUGUUGAUCAUCCCUGCAUUUCUGAAUUAGAAGCCAUUCUGACGGCUUUGGAGGUUACGGAUCGAGCUCUUCUCUACCCACUGGUCAUUAUUUUGGUGCAUUUGAGUGAUACAGAUGGGCUGUCAAUCAUCGGGAAGAUGGCAGAGGCAGCUGCAAUCAUGAAAUUGGCUUCAUCAGCCAAAUUAAGAAAUUUUCUCAUCUAUGGCGUCCAGAUUCAUCAAUCAAAGGAUGCCAAGCAUUGGGAGACGUCGGUGUCGAGAGUCGCUGAGAUCACGUCAGCCUUGAUCCGGGAGAGGAGCCCUGCCCUGGUGGGACAGCUUCUUCAAACAUGACGAAAAGCAGCAUCACGAGGAAAUCCUCAUGCUGUGACUCACUACUGGGGGUGAAGUUUCUGAAGGAAUGGUUCCUUCUCAGAGUGAUACCAAAACUGCUAAUCUGUCUGAUUGAUCUACCUGUCCAAACCUAUGGCAGUUUGGCUGGAUAGUGCAAAUGAGUGGAAAA